UUAAUGUAAAUGUAUCCCUCCGGUGGCAUGUUUGUACUCGCAUUUCACACAUAAUCAGGACUGACAAGCUAAAGUCAUGUCACUGUCUGCAUCCAUAUCGGAAACAUCCCACAGGACCUGACAGCAAACUUCCUAGACAAUUAAACCUGAAGAGACAAGCGAUCUGGAGGGUAUAAAUAAGAGCUAAGAGGGUCUCUUCUAAACGACAUCAAGAUGCUGUGCUAUGUGCUGCACUUGCUGCUUUGUCAGGUAUGCAUCUGCGAAAUAACUUUUCCCUCUUGUAGACUAGAGAUGAGUGUCAUCCCAGGAAUAUUCAAAAGAGGAGAUGUGCUCAUUGGAGGGGUAUUCCCCAUCAAACGAACUAAAAGCUUUACAAAUGUCAUGUUUACUGAUAAUCCGUCCACCCAAGUAUGUGAUGACAGUUUUGAUUUUAGGAGCUUCCGCUGGCUUCGGGCAAUGAUCUUUACAGUCCAAGAAAUUAAUAAUAAUCCAUACCUCCUUCCUAAUACGACACUUGGCUAUAAAAUCUAUGACACUUGUGACAACAUGGCUGAAACAGUGAAAGAGAUGUUUGAGCUGAUUUCUGGACCGUCAAAUGAAGCAAGAUAUAUUCCAAACUACCAAUGUCAAAAGAACUCUAUGUUAGCUGCUGUUAUUGGUGAAUCAGCCUCUGUGAUAUCAAUAGCAAUGGCAAGAAUCUUGGGCACAUAUCACUAUCCACAGGUGAGUUAUUUUUCCUCUAUCAACAUCUUAAGUAAUAAGCAAGAGUUUCCUUCGUUUUUCCGGACCAUACUAAGUGAUACCUUUCAAACUACCGCUUUGGCUGCCAUGGUGAAACACUUUGGUUGGACUUGGGUGGGCACUUUAGCUGAAGACAAUGACUAUGGACAUCUGGGAGUGCAGCUUUUCACUGAACAGAUUGCACGGCUUGGUGUCUGCAUCGCAUUUUCAGAGACAAUUCCUCUAGCUUACUCCAAAACAAAAUAUGAACAGAUUGCUUCCACAAUAAAACGUUCCUCAGCGAAAGUUAUAAUUGUGGUCUCUGGAGACACUAACUUGAUACCAUUAAUUUGGGAAGUAGCCAAACAGAACAUUAGUGGCAGGACAUGGAUAGCAAGUGAAGGCUGGAGCACAUCUGCUUUUGUGUUAGCAAAAGAUCAAAGUCAUUUUUUUAUCGGUACUCUUGGACUUGCAAUACCUACAGGAAUAAUCUCAGGUCUGAAAGAGUUUCUCUUUCAGGUGAAUCCACUACGGGAACCUGAAGAUCCUAUAAUACAAUUGUUCUGGGAAAACACGUUCAGGUGUUCCUGGCCUGAUCCUUCCCAAUCCCAGAACAAUACAAACAUCUGUACUGGCAAUGAGGACUUGUCAUCUGUGAAUAACACAUAUACAGAUGUUUCACAACUAAGGAUCACUUGUAAUGUUUACCGUGCUGUAUAUGCCAUCGCCAAUGCCCUCCAAAGCCUAAUUUACUGUAGAAAUGAACCAUGCACAGAAGUACACGACAUAGAGCCCUGGCAGUUAGUAUGGGCAUUAAAAAGAGUGAAUUUCACAGACCACAGUGGAAAUUUACAUUACUUUGACCAGAAUGGGGAUCCAAUGCCAAUGUAUGAUGUGUUAAACUGGCAGAUGGGAAAUGAUGGCCUGCUCCAGUAUAAGAAGGUGGGGAGCUACAGCGGCAGUACACCAGACAGGCACCAACUUCUCAUGGAUGAACAUGAAACCACCUUAUGGAAUGGAGACAAGUCACAGCCUCCAGUCUCGGUGUGCAGUGCCAGGUGUAAGCCUGGAUUCAGGAAGAGCAUAAUGCAGGGUCAGCCAGCUUGCUGCUUCUCAUGUAUCCCAUGUCCAGAUGGAGAAAUAUCUAAUGAAACAGAUUUCGCUGAAUGUAUAAAAUGUGACCAAGACUUCUGGUCCAAUAACAAUAAAACUGCUUGUAUUCCUAAAGAAGUGGAUUACCUAUCUUUUGGGGAACCUCUUGCAAUUACAUUCUCCACAGCAGCCACUCUGGGGAUCUUUCAAACCAUUAUAGUUACACUGGUGUUUAUCAAAUACAAGAAUACUCCAAUAGUGAGAGCCCAGAACCUAGAAAUGAGCUUCCUUCUUCUUAUAUCACUAUUGCUGUCUUUUAUUGGAACCUUUACAUUCAUUGGUGAACCCUCCACCACUUUAUGUGUCGUUAGACAAAUGGUGUUUGCUAUCAGCUUUGUCCUGGAUAUCUCAUGUAUAUUAGUUAAGACAUUAGUUGUCAUUAUUGCCUUCACAACGACAAAGCCCAACCAGAGUGUGAUGAAAUUCUUCCAGCCCUCUCAUCAGAGGGCACUGGUGGGCCUGACCACUUCUGUUCAGAUUGCAAUUUGUGUUGGGUUCUUUUCAUCUAUGUCAUUGAUUAUAAAGAAGAACAGGGAUGCUGUAAUAACAAAGAUAAUUCUAGAAUGUAACCAGGAAUCUGAACUGGCAUUUCUUAUGGCUAUCGGAUAUAUCGGGCUCUUGGCGCUGGUUUGUUUUGCUCUGGCCUUCCUGGCUAGAAAUCUGCCUGACAAUUUUAAUGAAGCAAAAUUUAUUACAUUCAGCUUGUUGGUCUUUGUGAUGGUCUGGGUGUCCUUCAUACCUGGUUAUUUGAGUACCAGUGGAAAAUAUGUCACUGCUGUGGAGAUAUUUGCUAUCCUCUCAUCUGCUACUGGCCUGCUUGUGUGUAUUUUCUUCCCCAAGUGCUACAUUAUACUGCUCCAACCAUCUAGGAACUCUAAGAAAAACCUUAUUGGACAUUCCUACCUUAAAAAAUAAUUAUACAGAAUUUUGAAAAUGUUUCAGCAUACAAAAAAGUCUUGGAACUA